AUGUUUCUCUGUUUAGGUUGUGGAAGGUAUAAGGUGGGGGAGGUAAUAUGCGAGCCACAUUGGAAAGAAGAUGGGAGCUACCAGAAAGCUAGUCCGAGAUACGUUGCGAGAAAGCAGUUAGAUCGUCUUUCAAAUAUGGGCUUCUCCGUCAUGGGGGCAAACGAAUUUGAAUUCCAAGUACUAAAUGAGAAAACACUUGAGCCUGUCUUUGAAGGCAUGGAUGUGUUUACAAGCGUAGUCAUGGCAACCCAAGAAUCUCUUCUUUACGAAAUUGACGGCGAACUUCUCAAAGCUGGCGUAGAUACAGAAACCUAUCAAACCGAAUGUGGACCAGGGCAAUUUGAAAUCACCAUGCGCCCAGUGAAAGAUAUGAAAAUUGCUGACUCUGCAUUUAUUUUAAAAAAUGGAGUAAAGGAAAUAUGUCAGAAAAGGGGCUUACUCGCUACAUUUAUGAGUAAGCCGUCUUCUAGGCAUCAAAUGAACGGGACACAUUUUAAUCAUUCAGUCUGGGACUGUAAAGGCAAAAAUCCGAUGUAUGAUCCGACAAAAGAUGACAACUUAUCCGAAUUCGCUGGGCAUUGGAUAGGAGGUCUUGUGAAGCAUUCACGGGCCAUUACCGCCCUGUGUUGCCCCACUGUCAAUUGUUAUCAUAGGAUUGGUCAACGUUGGUGUCCGGACAUCAUCAACUGGGGUAUCAUGAACCGACACACCUUAUUCCGCGUUAAAAACACAGGAGAAUCGGGAACAUAUGUUGAAAACCGUCUUCCAUCCGGGGCUUGCAACUCCUACCUCGUUAUGGCAGCAACCUUGGCAGCUGGAAUAGAUGGCGUUUUAAAUAAGAUACCUCGCCCUAAGGAGGCUGAUAAAGGCGGAGAGAAACUUCCUCAAACCUUGUCUGAAGCUAUUACUGCCUUAAAAGAAGACAGUGUUUUGUGUGAAGGCCUCGGGGAAGAGUUCGUAGACUGGUUUACAAGAGUGAAACAAGAAUGUGAAAUCGAUCCACUCGGUGAAGAUAAAAAUGAGGAUGCUUAUCCAGCCGAACGAGAAAUGUAUAUGAAACUCAUGUAGUAAAAUUAUAACAGCAUUAUAGUCUAUUACAUCUGCUGGAAUGACACAUGGCGUUUUACAAAAGCUUCUUCGGUUUUAACCAGGUUUAAGAAUUAGGUGUAAUCACGAUUGCGGUUUUACAAAAGCGCUUUUCUAAAACUCCAAGAACCCUUGUCACUAGUAAACGGCAUAAGUCGUUAGGCGCUUUAAGUGUGCAGUGUAAUACCGAUCAGUUUUUGUAAGACACCUUACCCGGGUUUUUACUAGUUUUUAACAUUUGCCCUCAACGAAAUAAGACUUCAUAUCUAAAUUGAAAAAUGGAUGAUGGUUGCCAGGUCACAUCGAAAUCAAGUGUUAUCUUCAGAGAAUAUGUGCAUAUUUUUCUUUUACCUUUUUAUUACGUUUUCUCAUAAUUAAUAAAAGAUAAAUGAAACUUAUGCAAUGUCAUGCAUUUUUAAUCAAAUUAUGGAAGAUCAGUUUUGUCUUAGAUGCAAAAAUAAUACAUUUACAGGAGAUGUACACGUACAUGUAUGCUGGAUAUUAUCCAUAACUACAUCGUUAAAAGUG